AUGGAGAAGUACAACUUAACGGGGCACCGAUGGUUUACGAAAUUAUACACAGACCAGAGGUUUUGGAUUCCUUCAUAUUUUUUAGAUUUACCCAUGAGCGGUGUUCUACGUACCACCUCGCGUUCAGAAGCGGAGAACAGUGCGUACGGUAAAAACACACGCCCACAUUGUAGUCUGGUCGAGUUCUACGUGCAAUUUGAGAGCGUCCUAGAAACUCAACGGCACAGACAAAGUAAAUUAAAUGCUGAGAGUGAGGGGUCCUUGCCUGAUUUCAAAACUCCUUUAGCAUUGGAGCGACACACGGCGCAGGUAUUUACCUUAACAGUGUUUUAUGAGCUCCAGGUAGAGAUCGAAGCUGCAUGUUUUUAUUGCAGGGUUGUGGGGAUCCAUGCAGAUGGUGAGUGCAUCCGUUACGACAUUAGAGGGGAGUACAACGUUGUCCAUACUGUUGAUUAUACCCCGUCUUUGACUAUUGCGACAUAUUAUAGCAAUCAAUGUAGCUGCAAGUUGUUUGAAAGAUUGGGGUUUGUUUGCCGGCAUAUGUUUCUUGUGUUCAAAGAUGCCGAAAUGGUGAGCUUGCAAUCGCGGUACAUCGCAGCACGAUGGUGUAAGCAAGAAGGACUAGCUAGCUGGUGUGCUCGAUGUUCUGACUGCCCUCCUUUAGAAACUGUGCCUAGCCAGUUGUGGACUGAGAUACACAAUUGUGCCGUGAUGGUUGGAAGCAAUAAAGUGCGCCAAACGCGAAUGCUACAGGUAAUAAAAGAAUUGAGAGACGAGUUUCUCGGCGAUGGUAUGGGCGUUGACCCCCCAAAAGGAAACGGUGUUGCCAUUGCAGCUUUGUGCGGUGUGGAGCCGCCGACGUCCAUAAUUAUCAAACCGCCAGCUCAAGCAAAAAACAAAGGGACCGGCAAGCGAAUUAAAAGCCAACGCGAGUUAGCUAUUGAGACGAGUGACAAGGCUAGCAGAAAGUGCGGGGUGUGCGGCGAGUAUGCACAUCAUAAUGCCCGCAGCUGUCCGUUGAAGUGA